AGCGUGGUGCUAGGGAUUUAGUGCAAGGCGUUUAAGGGGUUUUUGUUGCUGCUGCCGUUUUUUAUUUAUUUAUUUUCUUCCUUUGAACCCGGGCCUUGCCCCGCUCCCGCUGGCAUGAUGGCCCAGUCCAAGGCCAACGGCUCGCACUAUGCGCUGACUGCCAUUGGCCUGGGGAUGCUGGUCCUCGGGGUCAUCAUGGCCAUGUGGAACCUGGUCCCCGGGUUCAGCGCUACCGAAAAGCCAACUGCUCAGGGGAACAAGACAGAGAUAGGGAGCGGCAUUCUCAAGAGCAAGACCUUCUCCGUAGCCUACGUGCUGGUCGGGGCCGGGGUGAUGCUGCUACUCCUGUCCAUCUGCCUGAGUAUCCGUGACAAGAGGAAGCAGCGGCACGCUGAGGAGCUGGCGCACAUCCAGCACCCGGGGGUCGAGCCUCACGCCCACGAGGAAGACAGCCAAGAGGAGGAGGAGGAGGCCUCCUCAAGGUACUACGUCCCCAGCUAUGAGGAAGUGAUGAGCACAAACUACUCGGAAGCAAGGGAACCGGACCAGAACCCCAGGAUGAGCGUCUCUCUCCCCUCCUACGAGUCCUUGACGGGGCUGGAUGAGACAAGCCCCACCACAACCAGGGCUGACGUGGAGACCAGCCCGGGGAACCCCCCCGACAGGCAGAACUCCAAGUUGGCCAAACGCCUGAAGCCGCUGAAAGUUCGAAGGAUAAAAUCCGAAAAGCUUCACCUCAAAGACUUUAGGAUCAACCUGCCAGACAAAAAUGUGCCUCCUCCGUCCAUCGAGCCUCUGACUCCCCCCCCACAGUAUGAUGAGGUCCAAGAGAAGGCCCCCAACUCCCGGCCCCCGGACUGAUGACCCCUCCCGGGCGUGUUCCCUCCUGUCACUCAACCUCCACGCCAACAGAUCCCGAAUGAAGCCACUCAGCCACCGUUGAGAAGCGGAGGGGCCAGGUGUGUACUUAGCAAUUUGGACGGGGCCGGGGGGUGAGGGGUUCUGGGAUUCAGGAGCGACUCUGCAGCCCCCAGGACCUCACAUAGUAGGUGCGUCGGAAAGAGCUGCUGCUUCGGAUCUCGUGAUGCUGUGACCCCAUCAAGGGAUGGCGCCGGCAUCUUCCCCCUUGUCCUUCCGCGACUCUGAAUCGCCAGUGAUGACACUCCUCGUUCCAAUUAGGAAAGGAUACCUAGCAACUGGUUUAGAUUGUGGUUUUGUUUUGCUUCCACUAGGACUGUUUUGUUUCCAAAAGAAGACAAGUUAUGCCUUCAGUUUUUCCCUGGUAUCCUGAACUGUGGGGUAGGAAAGAUGACCCGCUUUAUAGAAAGGACAUGGGCCCGUUUUGUGAAUUAAGCCGAAUGAGAGGCUGGAUGAUUACCCUGGGGUGAGACCCAGGUGGGGUUCUCAGAGCCCCUGAUGCCGUCAGUUCUUUUGAGGGCCCAAAGCCUGAGGAUGCGUAAGAUCCUAGUUUGAAUUGGUAGACUUUACUCGUCUCUCCUGUGUAAUGGCAGAAAAAGGAAAGCCGUCUGGAAUGCUCCGUUCCUUCUAAAAUGCCUUGCAACUGAGCUUUUUGUAAUAAAAUAUUUUAUAUGUC